CGCGAAGCACUUCGAAAGUUCAUCCGGUCUCCACCUCCCCCCGCUCCCUCCGUCAUUAGGCCCUGUGCCAGCAACCGUCGCGGAAGCGUCACUUUUCCUCUCUUCUUCUCUUUUGCUUCCUCUUGUGCCGUUUUGUUUGUGGAAUUGGUACAUGCUUGGAGGUGGCGCUUGGCGUUUGAAUAUCAGAGGCCUUACAACCUAUUCGGAUUUGUAAUUAUUUUAUUGAUAAGAACCAAAAUCAGAUUCUUUACAAUACCAAGACAUGGGGGACAACAAGCGAAAGAGAGGACGCAAGCCCAAAAAUCCUGCUACAGAAAUCCUAGACUUGCCUACCACUGGCACUGCCCCUAACAACAACAGCAACAACCCUUCCACUAAGGAUGAUGUCUUCUCUGUUGGCAAUGUUGAUCGAAUUGACAACACUACCUCUCCACGCUACCGUCGCCGACCAAAGAAAUCAGCCAAUCACUUUGACAAGCUUGAUAAGGCACCUGUAAUUUCUACUGCUAGACGGGUUUCCCGUUCUGUUGACAUUGAUGGAGAUUUUACUGUUCCUGGUGAUACAGGGGGCUCUAUGGCAGUAGCAAUGGCCAUGGAAGCAGAUCCUGCAUGGGAGAGUGUUUCGGCAAGAGUGGUGCCAGCAAUGGACUCCGUUGUUAAGGUGUUCUGUGUGCACACAGAACCUAAUUUUUCAUUGCCGUGGCAGAGGAAAAGGCAGUACAGCUCUAGCAGUAGUGGGUUUGUGAUAAGUGGGAGGAGGGUGCUCACCAAUGCCCAUUCAGUGGAGCACUACACCCAAGUCAAGCUCAAGAAACGUGGCUCCGAUACCAAAUACUUGGCCAGAGUGCUUGCCAUUGGGACUGAAUGUGACAUUGCCAUGCUUACUGUUGAAGAUGAUGAAUUCUGGCAAGGAAUGUCACCUGUAGAGUUCGGUUGUUUGCCCACACUGCAAGAUGCGGUUAUUGUUGUUGGUUACCCUAUUGGCGGAGACACCAUUUCAGUGACUAGUGGUGUUGUAUCUCGCAUUGAGAUUCUAUCAUACGUCCAUGGUUCUGCUGAACUUCUAGGAUUACAGAUAGAUGCUGCUAUAAACUCGGGUAAUUCUGGUGGGCCUGCGUUUAAUAAUAAAGGAAGUUGUGUGGGAAUUGCAUUUCAGUCCCUCAAACAUGAAGAUGCAGAAAAUAUAGGUUAUGUCAUUCCAACACCAGUUAUCAUGCAUUUCAUCCGUGAUUACGAGAAGAAUGGUGCAUAUACAGGAUUCCCUGUCCUUGGGGUUGAGUGGCAGAAAAUGGAAAAUCCUGAUCUGCGAAUGGCAAUGGGCAUGAGAUCUGAUCAGAAGGGGGUACGUAUCAGAAGAAUUGAUCCAACUGCUCCAGAAUUUAAUGUUUUGAAACCGUCAGAUGUUAUUCUUAGCUUUGAUGGGGUUGAUAUUGCCAAUGAUGGGACAGUUCCAUUUCGCCAUGGAGAGCGCAUUGGUUUCAGUUAUCUUAUAUCUCAGAAAUACACUGGGGAUAAAGCAGUAAUCAAAGUAUUGCGAGAUUCAGAGAUAUCGAAAUUUAACAUUAAACUUGGUAGUCACAAAAGGCUCAUUCCGGCACAUAGCAAGGGCAAGCCUCCCUCAUAUUAUAUCAUUGCCGGAUUUGUUUUUACAACUGUCUCAGUUCCAUAUCUUCGUUCUGAGUAUGGAAAGGAUUAUGAAUACGAGGCUCCAGUCAAGCUUUUGGAUAAACUGCUGCAUUCAAUGCCACAGUCACCAAAUGAGCAACUUGUUGUGGUCUCUCAGGUGCUGGUAGCUGAUAUAAACAUUGGGUAUGAAGAUAUUGUUAAUACUCAGGUCCUCGCUUUUAAUGGAAAACCUGUUAAAAACCUGAAGAGCUUGGCCACCAUGGUUGAGAACUGCAAUGAUGAAUAUCUAAAAUUCGAUCUAGAGUAUGAUCAGAUAGUGGUCCUUCGCUCAGCUACUGCUAAAGCAGCUACUCUUGAUAUUCUAACUACGCACUGCAUUCCAUCAGCCAUGUCGGAUGAUCUCAAGGGAUGAAUUGGAAUGUGAUUUUGUGGAUUGUGCCUUUCUUUAACCCUUUACAUCAUCUUUUGAAAGGUUCAGAUAUGUAGGCUUGUAGGGUAGACUUUGCUAACCUGUUGUUUAUAGGGAGAUGGCGUUUCAUUUCAUUCAAGUGUUAAUACGUCUCUAGCGACUGAUAGAACUCCUAUUUUUGACGUGGGUUUGGAAGACGCCAAAUCAGGUUGCAUAAUUUAUCGGUUUGACUGUAUUCUUUUACAUUUUUCUGUUACGAAAUUUUGUGUCAGAUGAGCAAUACGAAAUUUUGUAUUGGAUCUUUUUA